UGGUAUGGGUCCCCCAGCACCAGCACCACCAGAAUCCCACCAUCCCCCUCCUCCGAUCCGCCGCCGCCGGCGCGAUGGACCGCGACGGCCGCCCGGGCUGGCUGCCGUCGCUGGGCUUCGCCUUCCUCAGCUUCAACUGCGGGAUGGCCGUCUACCGCUCCUGGCCCGACACCUCAUCCGUCGCCUUCGUCGCCGUCGCCUACGUCGCCCUCCUCCUCCUCUUCCGCUGCCUCCACCUGCUCGAGCGCGCACCCCCAGGCCGCCAAGGGAUCAAGCUCGCCGUCUGGGGCCUCUCCACGCUCCUCACGCUCAUGUUCUCAUCCAAGGUCGCCGCCAUCAUGCCGCCCUGGGCGCAGCUGCUCGUCUGGGCCAUGGGGAUCCUCACCAUCGUCGCCGGGUUCUACGCCUUCUUCCUCGUACGACCAUGACCCACCGUCCUUCACAUGGAUAUCCCUAUACUUUAUGAGGUUGAGCUUCCAGUUAGCUAGGUUGCCUCCUAUGCGGCUAUGCCUUUGCAGCAUCUGAGAACGAAGAGCCCUGAAAGAUGGAUACUAGUAGGUUACAUUACAUACAUGAUGGAGCGCACUGGCAGCAGUAUCUUUGAAUAAAUGAAACUCUGAUGUUUGACAGUUUGUUGUUAUAUCAUCAUUACCCCGGAAAGCUGUAUGUGAUAUGGAGGGGCUCCUGUAUUUGUGUGGAAAGGUUUGCCUCUUUUGAGCACCUCAGACAAUGGGUUCUUAUGGCAGCAGAGCCGCUUAACCUAGUUAACCCGAGAGAUAUGAUGUGCAUGCUUGUGUCUGCUUCAACUAACCAAGUGCUGCUACCUAUAUGUGUAUGUACAAUGUCUGCAAUAGCCACCUCGCAGCAAGAAUGGAUUGAAAGCUGCUGAAUGCAUGCAUGUCAAAGGCGGAAGGCACCUUAAUUUGGUCAGUUUGUGUGGGCUGUGUUUCUGAUCUUGUCUGCAGUACUGCUUGUAGCCAGUCGUUUUUUUCUUGAAGAAGAGUUAUAUUGAUGCGUGUAUUUGAUGAACGGUGAAUGCGACAGAUGUCACAGAAAAACUGAUGCUGCUGCUUCUAUGGUAGCUGCCAAUUUGUGCUGUAUGUCUAUCGGCUGGGAUAUGUGUGAUUUUUUUUUUCUGUCAGGAUAGGAACCUGGUCACUCACUGCUUGCAGCUUAGAUUUUCGCUCCUGGUAGGAGAAUAUGCCGCAGUUGUGGCGCUACUUCCGUGGCACAAAUAUCUCCAUGAAUUUGUGGUGGCCAGCGACAUAGGAUGGUGUUAGAGAAAAAGAAGAUUUCUAAUGGGUGUCAUGACAUGGUUGUACGGGCUGAAAUGCUGAAUGCUUCAUCUCUGGUUAACUCCAUCUCACCAAGAGUUUUUUUUUUGGAGAUCCAUUCAUUCAUUCAUUUUAUCUAGAGUUGAGAAAGAGACAGGCGUUGCUGCCAGAAGAAACCAGCAGCGCCCAUCGUUGUAUCCGCCGACCGCCUCGAGGUGAAAUGGGCUCCGGUUCACUGCCUACGCGGCCUUCUCCGUCGGCGUUCUCGCCGCCGUUGCCCAUCCCCGGCCGCGCGCGCCCUCCUCGCCUCCGCAGCCUCGCCACAGGCACCAAUGCUCGACGAACUUUUUCCAUCAAAGCAAGUCAUAGUGGUCUGAGCGAAGUAUCUGUACAGAGCCUUCCUGAUAAUGAAGUUACUGGUGCUGCUUACAGCUUCACAGGAGCAACGACAUCACUUACCAACAAGAUUCUAACCUCGUCCAAGAAGAUUACUCUUGUUAGACAUGGCUUGAGCUCAUGGAAUGCAGAAAGCCGUGUCCAGGGAAGCUCAAAUCUGUCGGUGUUAACAGAAACCGGUGCCAAGCAGGUAGAGAAGUGUCGUGAUGCUCUUGCAAACAUGAAGUUUGACGUUUGCUUCUCUAGUCCUAUCUCACGAGCAAAGUCAACUGCCGAAAUUAUUUGGCAAGGGAAGGAAGAACCCCUUGUUUUUCUCGAUUCACUGAAGGAGGCACACCUCUUCUUUUUAGAGGGCAUGACCAAUGCGGAUGCUAAGAAGCAAUACCCGGAGUUGUACACCAAAUGGAGGGAGGACCCUGCAAACUUUCGUGUUAAUGGCAUAUACCCGAUUAGGGAGUUGUGGGGAACAGCAAGACAAGCCUGGGAGCAGAUCUUGCUCACUCCGGGUGAAAACUUCUUGGUGGUCACGCACAAAUCUAUUUUGCGUGCACUCAUCUGCACAGCACUAGGUCUCCCUCCUGAGAGGUUCCGUGCCAUUGAUGUAAACAAUGGUGGCAUGUGUGUCUUCACGGUCAACAAACAAGGAGAAGCUAUGCUUCAAGCCCUCAAUAUGACAGCACACAUGUACAGUAAUCACACCUAUCAGUACUAGUUAGUUCUCCCCUCACUCUGCAUUGUAUUAUAUUUCCUACCCUUAUAUUACACUUCCUGUAGACAAGUCAUUCUUGAAAUGAUUUUGGUAAACGUGACCAUAGUGUACAUAACGAUAGGUUACACAAAUUGCCCCUGCCAGAUGUGAGUGGCUGCCCAUGUGAAUACAAACUGAAUCAAUGUGCUUGCUCAAAUACUCCCUGAACUGACGAGGUAUUUCUGAUA